AUGUCGGCGACUAUACUUGGCAACCCUACACAUUCCGGGAAUCAGAACAAUCAUUUAGUCGGCGGAGAAAUUCCUCAUGAAGUUCUGCGUUCUCUGUAUCUCAAAGAUGUGAUCGCCAAUGGUCAAACAGAAGGUUCGUUUAUCACCUUCACGAGGGCCCAGGAAGACUUCCCAUCUGUCAAAAAAUUGAACCCGUUGAAUAAGAAGCGUAUCUUGGUAACCGGUGGCGCCGGCUUUGUUGGAUCUCAUUUGGUGGAUCGCCUGAUGCUCAUGGGGCACGAUGUUAUUUGCGUCGACAAUUACUUCACCGGUUCGAAGGUGAAUAUCGCACAUUGGAUUGGCCACCCAAAUUUUGAAAUGAUACGCCAUGAUGUUGUGGAUCCACUUCUCGUUGAGGUUGAUCAGAUUUAUCAUUUGGCCUGCCCCGCGAGUCCGGUACAUUAUCAGUCAAAUUCUGUCAAGACAUUGAAGACGAGCUUUUUUGGGACAUACAACAUGCUUGGACUUGCAAAACGUGUGAAGGCACGUUUCCUUCUCGCCAGUACUUCAGAAAUUUAUGGUUCGCCUAAAGAGCACCCACAAAAUGAAGAGUACUGGGGCCAUGUCAACUGUUUUGGUCCGCGCGCCUGCUACGAUGAAGGGAAACGCGUGGCAGAGGCUCUUACAUACAGCUAUGCACGACAGGAUGGCGUGGAUGUGCGGAUUGCCCGCAUCUUCAACACCUUCGGUCCCCGUAUGAAUUUCAACGAUGGGAGGGUGGUAUCUAACUUUAUCCUGCAAGCUUUGCGGAGUGAGGAUAUCACGAUCUAUGGGGACGGAUCCGCUACAAGAUCCUUCCAGUAUAUGCAUGAUUUGAUAGACGGCCUUAUUCAAUUGAUGGAAAGCGAUUGUACAGAACCGGUCAACCUGGGCAAUCCACACGAAUUUACAAUCAAAGAAUUUGCGAAUAUGGUCAUUGGUCUUGUCAACGAACAGAGAGACCAACCAUCUACAUCAAACGUGGUAUACCUACCUGCAGUGAUUGAUGACCCACCGAGGCGGAAACCAGACAUAUCAAGAGCCAAGGAACGAUUGAACUGGGAACCGCGAAUCUCGGUGCAUGAGGGGUUAUCAGAAACAGUAUCCUAUUUUAAACGAGCAAUGGAGCUCGAGAUAGCUCCAGUGUUAUGA